AUGCCCCUCUCUGUGAAAGCUGCUACGCCCCUAACGCUUCGCCAUCGUAAGCCUAAGAAGCAAUUUAUUGAGCCUGUGAAGCCAUACACGACCGGUCUCCCGCCCAAAAGUAGCACCCCUUCCUUUGUUCCGGUCUCGUCUUACCCGGCCACUGUAUCUUAUGAUAGUAACACAGCAGCUGAGCAACUAAAGGCGACGGAAGACUUAGUUACAUUGUAUUUGACGCCUGAGGACGAUUUCACACAGUCACCCCCGUGGAGCAGAUACGUAUGUCCACACAAGCCUAAGAAGAGAUCUAGGAAGAGAUCUAUUGAUCCUGUGAAGCCAUACACGGUCUGUUUCCCGCCCAAAAGAAGAAGCCCUUCCUUUGUUCCAGACACGCCUUACCCAGACACUGUAUCGGGUGUUCCUAACACCACUGCAGAGCAGCUAACGGCAAGCAAAGACUUGGAGUCCUUGCAUCGGUCGUCGUCUAGUACACCAACGCCCUACCAGCCACCAAGUGUCACCAUUGAGAGGGAACAAAAGACAUCUGAUGAGACAAUCCAUGCCAUAGAAGUAGGCGAAGUAUCCGAAGACACCGGACUAACAGCGACAGCCCCUACAUCACGCCAAACAAAUCGUGAAGCUACAGGCGAAGGGUCUGAAGACACAGAGCUAACAGCACCCGUCCCUACAUCACGUCAGACAAAUCGGGGAGCUACGGGAGAAGAGUCUGAAGACACUGGACUAACAGCAACACAGCUUACACCCCACCAACCGUGUCAGGCUGCUUUGCAGGAGGCCCCUGAAUAUAAUGUAGGUGAAUACCUCUUUAACUGUAUCUAUAGCACCGAGGAAGGCACCGAUUAUGUCAGCUGUAUACCACACACCUCUGUCAUAACUGUGUCAGAUAAAAAGUGUAACAGCGCUAAUACCGCCAUAACCACUCCUGUAAAUGUAUUAGAGGUUAACGUUCCAUUCCUUGAUAAGCAAGCAGUACCUAAUUAUAUUACUAACAAUCGGUUUGAACAAGGUGGGGCACUAGGAGGUCCUGAGCAGUUAACAUUACUUCAGAGUGCAGAGUUUUUUGAGUAUUGCGUUAACACAUCCCCUCAACAACCUGCAGUCGCUGACCCUUAUAAACAAAUACAAUCAGAAUUAGCCGAAUUACGAAAACAAAACAAUGGUCUUAUGAAUAAAUUAGAUGUCUUGCAAACAGCUAACACACAAUUGACCGGUUUGGUCACAGACUUUGGAACUGCGCUAGCCAUUCAGGCCAGAGCUAACACGCAUUUGGUUGAUAUGGUCACAGGCUUUGGCACAGCUAUUGCCUCUCAUGUCAGCUCUCUCAAUUCAAUGCUUGAUCCUAUGAUAGUAUGCCUUAAAAACACAAUGAAUAUGACCCCGCAGUAAAAAAGUGUUAAAACAGUCUAUAGUUUGUGCAAAAUAAAAAAAAGAAAUAAAAAAAAAAAAAUGUCAUCCCCACCCAAAAAAACAAAAAAAUCUGAACCCCUAGGGGAGUGUGAUGCUCGUAUUGAUGAGGAACUAGAAUGGCCGUGCAAGGACGAUUACACAAGAGCAGUAAACAAUCCUCAGGAUUUUGCACGAUUGUGUGCAAUGCAUGCAAAAAUAUUCGAAGCAUGGGCCCGAUCUAUGCCUCGCGCUAGACCUAGUGAAAGCAACAGUGAGAAAACACACACAUCAGAUAGACCUGCUCCUGCGCAGUUGUCACAUAAUGGUCCUUCAAGCGUAUAUUCCAGCAAUACACAGGCCAAUACAGACUCUACACAAUCAUCAAAUACAACCCCCGCAGGCAUAGAUCAGAGUAAUAAGAGACCAUCAUGUUUUCCGAGUGUUCAGCCCUCAAAACGAUCUUGUACAGAUGAGCAGACUGGUCCCCAACCGUCCACAAGCGCUUAUAGACCCCCUCCAUCACCCUCAGAAAAUCCUCAGGGUAGUGUGCAGUGUGGUGCGGGGCGGGUUUCUAAGGUAACAUCUGAAAUAGCAUCCAGACAGAUACCCCUUUUUAAUGCUGCUGAAUUUCGUCAAGAUGUUGACUUGCGAAAUAUUGAUUUGACGGAUAUUGGUAGUGUUCCUGAAAGGGUGUAUAGCACCCUAACAGGUUUAAUAGAGAGGGCGUUGGGUAAUGCAACACAGGACAGCAUUUUAAAUGUUGAGUUAAGGGGUCCCGCCGUAGAUGUCCCUAUCCAAACAAUGUUGAAUUCAAGCGACGGCUAUAACACAGACACAUUUCUGGAGCAAGUCACACAAGCGAUGCAGAGUAACGAUAAUUCACUGACCGAAGACUCUUUAGAAUUAAUCGUGACAAUAGCGCGCAAUAUGUCGGGAGGGAAUGGUGGGGGACGUCGAAAACUAGGAAGCAUUGGUUACGAUCAAAUAUUGUCAGAAAAAGGUAAUGCUUUGUAUAAUCCCAAGAAUAACGCUGGUAACGACAAUCUCUGCUUUUCUCUC